AGAAAGGAGCAUAGAAAAACGUCUCACAAUGUCGCAAUGGUCUUUCCUAGAACAUACUUUAUUUAGUUUGGGUGGUUUCGCUUCAACAAAGAAAGCACCUUAAAUACCACAAUUAGGGCUGUGUACGCAGUGCUUAGCAGCAACACAAGCUGGGAGUAUCUUACCUACUCUUGUUCCCCUACCUAAAGUUGGCUGACUUGCUAUCCUAGACCGGAAAGUUGCGUAUCAUUGAAUGGGUUGGCACCCAUUAUGUAAAAAAGAAGGGAAUGCUCUCUGUCGUAGGUGCUUGUGGGGGAACUAUCGCAGGUAUUUUGGCCACUCUGGGUAAGGGUAAAUAUUUGAAUUCAAGACUCAUAUUUUGCAGGGCUUGUUGUAAUCACGCCAGCUGCUGGAUAUGUUGCCGUUCGGUAUGCGGGCAGGCAUCCGGAAACAUCUCCAUACGUGAACCGCAGACUAAACUCACUGACCAAAUAUGAAGCUCCGAUUGGCCCCAUUACGGCGCCGCCUGCUCCCCUUACAGGGCAUCAAUCUCUGGACUCGCAUAAGACGAAGGAAAGGAUGCGCUCAGGCCCUACGGAAUCGGGGGCGUAGUUGGCGCCUUCCUGAUUGGAGUGUCUGCAUGCGAAUCGAGUAUCAUAAUACCCAUCAAAUACCCUUCUCCCAUCUGGGAUCAUCAGGCUCAUAUAUGUAUGUUGGGGGGGGGGGGGGUUAAGUAAGCCCGUCGGACUGUAUGACCUCAGCGCCUUCGGCCAUUAGCAGAAACGGGGCUCGGGCGGCCAAGUAAUUAGUAGAUAUACUAACAAUAGCCGGCUACUCGUUCACCAUGUCGACCGUUCUCUUGUUGGGGACAAAGCACCUCCCACCCUUCAGUUGUGCCACCCCAAGGAAGUCGAGAUUCGAGGUCUCAAUCGGCCUGAAUUUCGCGGA